AUGGGCCAGAACCUCUCACUCUCGGAAAAAUUUGCCUCCACCUCCAAAGCCACCCUCGCUCCCUGGGACCGCGAGGCCGAUAUCAUCCUCGGCGUCAUCUGGGCGUGCUGCCUCUACGGCAUCGGCGCAAUAUGGUGCACUGUCGGCCUGCUGCGCCGAUGGUCCGGACACCACGAAGAAAGAGAGAUCAAUAUAAUCUCGCUACUCGCCGCCUUCCUUUUGUCUUCUGGCUGGCCGGUCAUAUUGGUGUAUUUCGCCAUGUCGAAUCGGGCCUGA